AUGUCGUCAUCCAAGCUUCACUUUGUUGUUCUUCUGAUCAUUGUUGCACUUCUUGCUAAUAAUGGACAAUCGACUAGAGUAAUGGAUGAUAAGUUUCCAGAAUGCGAAUUCAAAGGACCAUGCCAGAUGAAAAGCGAUUGUUUGGGGACAUGUGGAGGCAAACCUGAAAAAGCUUUGUGCAUACCUAAUCCUAGCGUAGACACCCUUCAAUGUUGUUGUCUUUCAAACUAA